AUGACUGAAGAAGUAAAAGCUAUAAAUGAGUUUGGUAGGUUGGUGUUGAUCAAGAAGUCUGGGAUAAACAUCUACACGGAGGGCACAAACAUCCACACGGAGGGCACAAACAUCCACACGGAGGGCACAAACAUCCACACAGUGGGCACAAACAUCCACACGGAGGGCACAAACAUCCACACGGAGGGCACAAACAUCUACACGGAGCGGACAAACAUCCACACGGAGGACACAAACAUCCACAAUGGGAGAAACAUCCACAAGGAGCGGACAAACAUCCACACAGUGGGCACAAACAUCCACAAUGGGAGAAACAUCCACACGGAGGGCACAAACAUCCACACGGAGCGGAGAAACAUCUACACGGAGGGCACAAACAUCCACACGGAGGCCACAAAAAUCCACACGGAGGGGACAAACAUCCACACGGAGGGGACAAACAUCCACACAGUGGGCACAAACAUCCACACGGAGGGGACAAACAUCCACACGGAGGGCACAAACAUCCACACAGUGGGCACAAACAUCCACACGGAGGCCACAAACAUCCACAAUGGGAGAAACAUCCACACAGUGGGCACAAACAUCCACACGGAGGCCACAAACAUCCACAAUGGGAGAAACAUCCACACGGAGGCCACAAACAUCCACACGGAGGGGACAAACAUCCACACGGAGGGGACAAACAUCCACACAGUGGGCACAAACAUCCACACGGAGGCCACAAACAUCCACACGGAGGGGACAAACAUCCACACGGAGGGGACAAACAUCCACACAGUGGGCACAAACAUCCACACGGAGGGGACAAACAUCCACACGGAGGGCACAAACAUCCACACAGUGGGCACAAACAUCCACACGGAGGCCACAAACAUCCACAAUGGGAGAAACAUCCACACGGAGGGCACAAACAUCCACACGGAGCGGACAAACAUCCACACGGAGGGCACAAACAUCCACACGGAGGCCACAAACAUCCACACGGAGGGCACAAACAUCCACACGGAGGGCACAAACAUCCACACGGAGGCCACAAACAUCCACACGGAGGCCACAAACAUCCACACGAAGGGCACAAACAUCCAGUGUGUAUAA